AACAGAUCGCGACUUUUAUUUUGUUGUGUGUGAAGUCAAAAGCCUGCGCCGCACUCCUGUGUGUGGUUGUUGCUACAGCUCCUGACGAAAACUGUUUAUAAAAUUACCCAUUACAGUGUGCUUCGUUAUAAUCUACUCCUACGGGCAAAAGGACAAAGUGUCCAAACACAGAGGAAAACGCCUGAAGCGACUGAUCUCCACACUGUUGUAAAGAUGGCGUUUAUUAAAGAGGAGUGUGAAGACCUCAAGAUUGAAGAAAUAAUAAUCAAACAAGAAGAUCUGCAGGAACAAACAGAUCUGAUGGUGAUGAAAGAAGAGAGUGAAGAACUAAAUGAAACUGAAGAGAAAGAUCAGUUUGAGAAACACCAAGAAUUAAUGACCGAGGAAAUAUCUGCGGAGACAAAAAAGGCUUCACCUCAUAAAAGAGCUCAGAAAACCAAAUCUGAUGGUAACUUUACCUGCAGUCAGGGUGGAAUGAGUUUUACUCAAAAAAACAACCUUGUAGACCACAUGAGUGCUCGAAGCGAAGAGAAGCCGUACCCGUGUCCUGAGUGUGGAAAGGGAUUCAGAAAAAAGCACAUCCUUGCUGUUCACAUGAGAGUUCACACCGGAGAGAAGCCUUUCUCGUGCGAUCUGUGCGGAAAGAGUUUCAAUCUGCAGAAAAAUAUGAAGAUCCACAGGAGAAUUCACACCGGGGAGAGGCCGUACGCCUGCCAACAGUGUGGAAAGAGGUUCAGGCAAAUUCAGAUCCUUAAAAAUCACAUCAAACUUCACACUGGAGAGAGGCCUUACGCCUGCGCACAGUGUGGAAUGAGCUUCAUUCAAAAACAAAAGCUUGAAGCGCACAUGGCGGUCCACAAUACAGAGAGGCCGUUCGCUUGCCACCAAUGCGGAGGAAACUUCGCUCAUAAAGAUUACCUGACAAUACACAUGAAAAUUCACAGCGGAGAGAAACCUUUCGCCUGCCAACAGUGCGGAAAGAGUUUCAAUCGAAGACAAUGCCUGAAAGUCCACAUGAGAGUCCACACCGGAGAGAAACCUUAUAUUUGCGCUCAAUGCGGGAAGAGUUUUACCCAGAAAAACAACCUUAAUUACCACAUGAGGACUCACACCGGAGAGAAGCCUUACACCUGCUCAAUAUGUGGUAAACACUUUACAUGUAAUAACUACCUUACUGCUCACAUGAGGACUCACACCGGAGAGAGGCCGUUUAUUUGUGGUCAGUGUGGAAAGAGUUACUGUCAGAGACGCAACCUCAGCCAACACAUGAAGCUCCACGUUAAAGAAAAGAAUAUCCAAAAUGCAGAGGUGGAAAGUAACGAGUUACAUUUACUCAACGUUACUGUAGUUGAGUAGUUUUGUAGUGUGAAUUUGUACGUUUUAAAGUAGAGUUUAGAAUCUGUAUCUUCCUCAAGUAUUGUACUUCGCUACAUUUUAAAUCAUAUCCGCUACUAGGUAAAUAAAAAAAAACUAAAUUAAUAAGUGGAUAAAAGUAUUGCAACGGGGGAAAGGGAAAAAAAAUGUUUUCCUGCGGCACGGGGGACCGUAGUGUAGGGUCUACGUAGAUUUCUAGGC